AAACAACCCAUACAGCCAGGCCAAUCAUCCAGUUCUAUGCUGUUCUUGAAUAAAGUCGCACAUUCAAGACACGAAUUAUACACAACUAUCAUGCUCAUUAUGUUCCAUAGAUAUUUAUUGCCUUCUACGAAUCUUUACACUAGUUUACUUCAGACAAAAAUUCUACCUCGCGUCUUUGCAACCUUAUUCUUCUGCGUCCGUAGGGACUAGCGUUGAUACACUUCCACCGUGGAGGACCUUCUGACACAAACACACAAUACUGGCUGGUCUUGUAAAAGCCACAGAUAGAGUUGUGUCGUUGUAAACAAUGAGUUAUUCUAAAAAAGACGACGAUACUGAUGAAUCAGUCUUCGCCCAUGUAGAUCAGAUUACAGUGAUGCAGGAGGCUCGUAUAUUCAACCAGUCUCCUGUAUCCCCAAAGAAAUGUAGAGCUCUUUUGGAGAAGCUUGCGUAUCUCGUCUAUACGGGUGAAAAAUUCCAAGAGGCACAGGCUACAGAGCUCUUCUUCGGAAUCACAAAGCUUUUCCAGAACAAGGAUCCCAGUCUUCGUCAGAUGGUUUACAUUACUAUCAAGCUGCUGUCCGGAACGGCUCAGGACCUGAUUAUGAUUACCAGUAGUAUAAUGAAGGACACAGCUACUGACCGUGAAACUGUGUACCGUCCAAACGCCAUCAGAGCUCUUGUGCGGGUGAUUGACGCCAAUACAGUUCCCGCUAUUGAGCGUAUUAUGACUACAGCCAUUGUUGAUACCAUUUCAGCUGCUUCUGCUGCUGCACUUGUGUCCUCUUACCAUCUUUUUCCCAUUGCGAAGGACAUUGUUUCUCGCUGGAACAACGAGAUUCAAGAAGCCGUUGUUUCUCGAACCAUUGGAAAGCAAGUCGGCAAGUCCCCUUUCUUUACGUCCAGUUUAGGUUACAAACCGUCUUCCAGUGGGAUUUCACAGUACCACGCCCUUGGUCUUUUGUACCGCAUCCGUAGACAGGACCCCGUCUCCAUUUCCAAGCUCAUCCAACUGCUAUGUGGAAAGCAGGGAAUUGUGAGCAAUCCUCAUGCACUCGUUAUGCUAAUUCGUUACACUGGUGUCUUGCUCCAACAAAGUCCUCAUCUUACCGACUCGUUUGUUCCUAUUCUUCAUGGAUGGCUUAAGGGCAAGAGUGAUAUGGUGAACUUGGAAGCUGCCCGUACUUUGGUCCGUGUUAAAGGUUUGCCUGAGCAAUUCCUUCAGCCCGUCAUUAAUGUGCUGAAGAUUUUCUUGUCUUCUCACAGAUCCGCCGCUCGUUUUUCCGCUAUUUGCACAUUGAGCGAGCUCGCUAUGACUCGUCCUCAUUUAGUUCACUCUUGCAACAUUGACAUGGAGAACCUUUUGACAGACCCUAACAGAUCCAUUGCAUCCUACGCUAUCACUACUCUGUUAAAGACUGGCAACGAAGAGUCGGUUGACCGGUUAAUGCAGCAAAUUUCCGGGUUCAUGUCCGACAUCUCUGACAGCUUUAAAAUCGUUGUUGUGGAUGCCGUUCGCUCUCUUUGUCUGAAGUUCCCUAACAAGUACAAGGCGAUGCUUAAAUUCUUGUCCAGCAUUCUCGACGGUGAAGGCACUUAUGACUACAAGCGUAGUGCUGUUGAUGCCAUUUAUGAUCUUAUGAAAUAUAUUCCUCAGUCGAAGGAAAAGGCACUUGGAGAGCUUGCGGAGUUUAUUGAAGACUGUGAAUAUCCCAAACUUGCCGUUCGCAUUCUGCGCAUCCUGGGUGAAGAGGGACCCAAGGCUUCCCAUCCCACGAAAUACAUCCGCUACAUCUACAAUCGUAUCAUGCUAGAAAAUGCUAUUGUUCGAUCUGCUGCGGUCAGCGCUCUUACUAAAUUUGGCACGGAUGCUGAGAACGAAGCUGUGAGGGAAAGUGUCAAAACAAUUUUGUCAAGAUGUUUGGAUGAUGCUGAUGACGAAGUACGUGAUCGUACCGUCCUUAGCUUGAAGGUAUUGGACAACGUGGAGACUUUGACUCCUGUCGUUGAUAUGAAAAAAAUUCCUUCGUUAUCUGCUCUUGAAAGCAAGUUGGUGGACUAUUUGUUGAACGAAAAGUUUGACGACGCCUUCGACUUGAAUGAGGUUCCUGUACUUACACAAGACGAAAUUGACGCUGAAAACUACAAGGCCAAGAAGGCAUCAACUGAAGCUGUUCCCGUGGAGCCCGAGGAGGAGGCAGCCGCUGAGGUUGUUGAGAAGCCUGAAGUGCUUGUUGACACUUACAACAAAAUCUUUCAAUCUAUUCCAGAGUUCUCUAAUUACGGUGAUAUUCUUAAGUCAUCCACUACUCCUGUUGAGCUGACAGAGAAGGAGACCGAGUUCGUUGUUAAGACCAUCAAGCACGUCUUUAAGGAUCAUUUAGUUGUUGAGUUCCAGCUGCAAAACACUUUGGCUGAAGUUGUACUAGAGAACGUCGUCGUCGUUUCAACCCCUUCUAAUGAUGACCUUGUUGAGGAUUGUGUUAUUCCUGCUCCUCGAGCAAGCCAAAAGGAACCCGUUUCGAUUUAUGUUAGUUUCAGCUUUAAGGAGCCUUAUCCUACUGUUACGCUGAAUAAUGUUUUGAAGUUUACAUCCAAGGAGGUUGAUCUGCACACUGGAGAGCUCGAAGAAGAGGGCUACGAGGAUGAAUACGAGAUUGAUGAUCUUGAAGUUGACUCUGGUGAUUACUUAAUCCCCGUGUAUGAACCCGACUUUUCCGGUGCUUGGGAAUCUUUGUCGUCCUCUGAAGGUAGUGCAGUCUAUGUUCUGAGCAAUGUUCACGACUAUUUUGAGACAUGUGAGCGAGUUGUUGAAAUGCUGCAACUUGAACCAUUGGAGGGUUCGGAACACCCUAUGGAAGGUGAACGGGUACACACUCUUAAGCUCUCCGGCAAGACCGUCACUGGAGACAAGGUUCUUGCUACAGUCAAAAUGGCCCGCGCCAAGGACAACGCUGGUGUCGCGGUCAAGAUCACUGCACAUGGUGAAAGCCAGACUGCUGUGGAUUUGGUUCUCUCCGGUGUUGCUUAAACUGUUUAAUUGACCUCAAUAAUGACCGUUGAACCGAUGGCAAUAGAAAGUGAAUGGACUAUUACUAUUGUUUGAUUUGAUUACUUUCGCCAAAGUACCUUUUUUGUUCGGGCAUAUUGAAAUAUGUUUAUGUAAUAUUUUGGCUCGAUUGCAUUUUAGUUCUGGGCAUGAGGGUGUACUUGAUGAAGGGCAUCAUACAUUGACAGCAUGUACCACACCUCUCGACCUGUUGGCUAUGGUAUGCCCAAAAUGCCGUUCUUUGACAGAGCCCGUUUGGCGACACGAAAAAAUCGAAAAGGUGCUACUAUU